AUGCCGCGCGAGGUCACGCGCGUCGGCGCGUACGCGCUCAAGCACGCGCUCGGGAGAGGGGCGUUCGGGUGGGUGAAGCUCGCGGUGCAGGACGAGACGGGCGCCAAGGCGGCGAUCAAGAUUUUGGACAGGGAGAAUUUGCAACGCCUGGACGAGCAGGACCAGGUGAAGGCGGAGGUGAAGGCGAUGGCGGAUCUCACGCAUCCGUGCAUCGUCGACCUGAAAGAGGUGCUGAGCGAUGAACAGAGCGUGUUCAUGGUGAUGCAGUACUGCCCGGGGGGGGAGGUGUACGAUAGGGUGCGAGCGAAGGGGAGUUUCGGCGAGGCGGAGGCGAGACGACAUUUUCAGAGGUUGAUACAGGGGGUGGAUUUUUGUCAUAAGAAACGGAUAUAUCAUCGGGAUUUGAAACCUGAGAAUUUGUUCUUCGAUGAGCGCGGGGAAUUGUGCAUCGGGGACUUUGGGUUGGCGGCGCUGCGGGCGGACGCGGAGGAUACUAAUCUUCGCACGAUUUGCGGGACGCCGCACUUCGCGGCGCCGGAGACGCGCUCUGAUGGAUACGAUGGUGGACCCGCGGACGUGUGGAGUUGUGGAUGUAUCUUGUAUUUUAUGCUCACGGCGAAGUACCCGUUCGACGGAAAGAAUUUCGUGCAACUGCAACUCAUGGUUCAAAAGACGGAGCCGUAUUUCCCGAGCGGUUCGAUGUCGCGCUCGUGCGAAAAACUCAUCAAAGGCAUGCUUGUGAAAGAUCCGACGAAGAGAAUGACGCUCGAUCAAGUGAUGAAGAACAGUUGGUUCAAGGUUGACUUUGUUCCCGUCAAGGUUGAGCACAACGCCAACACGAAUCGGUUCUUCGACGAAGAAGACCCGACGCUCGCGCAGUUUAUGACGCCGGACGACAAGCUCGUGGUGAAGAAAUCAUCCAUGAUGAGCACAAAUGAGUCGAAACUUCGCCCGAUCAAACAGCUCAACGCGUUCGAGUUGAUCAAUAUCGCCGCUUUUGAUGUGGCAAACAUCUUCGACGAGGAUGAAAACACGGUGAGCAACGCCACGCGCUUCGUGAGUAAAGUAGAGAUUGAUCGCGUGCAAGCCGCCAUCAUCGAACGGGCCACCGCGCUUGGGAGUGUCGCUCAUCGACAGACGCAAGCGCGCGUGGUUUUUGAAUGUCAAAGCACGGGGCAAGUGGUGACGAUGCGAACGUAUCAAGUCAUCCCAGGCGUGUGCGUGUACGACUUCAGUCGAGACGAAGGCGGUCGCGAACAUUUUCACACUUGGUUCGCAAAUCUUCGCGAUGAAAAUCACGAAGUGGGUAAACUCAUACUUAGCGAAGCAGAUUAG